GACAUCGUAAUUUUAUUAUUUCACAACGUUGUAAAAAAAAGUUUAUUUUUCCUGAUUAAUCCAAAAUAUUUCUUGUAUGUGGAAAUUCAACUUAAAUGGAUCCAAUUCCACCCGCUUCGUUAAGUACAGAACAUACAAGUAUAUGGACGGGAUGGCGAACAUUACGAGAUCGUGAAGUUGUACGUGAAGCCGCUUCAAAAGGUUCACAUAUAUCGUUAGCUCAUGAAUUUAUAGCUACACGAAAACAAUGGGAAUUACCCGAAGCGGAAAAAUGGUUCAAUGCUCAAGUUCGAUACUGGGCACUGGAAUUACUUAAUAUGCGACAAGUUUUUAAGGCGACACAUAUUUUAACAAAUAUAGGAUUAGAUCCUUGUGUUGAAUUUACUGAAACACUUUUAGAGACAAAAGAUAAAGAUUUACGUGAUUUUCUUGCAACGCAUUUGAUUAAAAUAAAAAAAUUGGAUACAAAUAUACAAGAUCAUUGGAUACUUUUACGUUUAUGCUUCUUUGGCAAUGCUGUUGUUUCGCCUGAGUGUGUGACCAAUCCAACCAUAUUUGCGUUGCUUGAUGGUGUGUCUUGCUGGAGUUUGGUGACAGGUGUCCAGCAGGUUUUCAUUGGAAUUCGUGUUGGGCCAAUAAAUGUUGAGGAUGUGUCUGAGACAACUGUUGAUAAAGACUUGCAGUUGUCUGGUGAUGCUUUGCGAGACUUUCCAGACAAUUCAGUAUUACCAUUUUUGGAAUCGAAUGAAUCAUGGCGAUAUUUAUUAAUUCACAAUGAAAUUACAGUAUUACACGAUUGGAUCCACAAAACAUUUGCUAUCGAUUUCAAUAAUUACUUGUUCAAUUCAAAGGAUUUAAACUCGAAAGAUGUAGAAUUAUGGUUAAGUAUUCGCGAUAUGAUGAAAAAUACACAUAAUACAGCAUUUAUUAAUAAUUGUAUAAUUAAAGCAUGCGUAAUUUUAAGUACAAAUGUUAUUGAAAAUGUUAUUCGAAAAUUCGAACUAAAACAUUAUAAACAAGAUAUAACACUUUAUCAAUUAUUAACGAAUUAUCUACAAAUCGAUUUUUCUCAAGUGUUUUAUUUUCGGUAUAAAAACAAUGAACUUUUACCGAAUUUUUCAUCGGAACGUUUAAUCCAACGUUACGGACAUCGUGAGAAAUUAACGUUUACCUAUUAUUUAAAACAGGGACGUCCUUGUAUCGCUAGCAAAGUAUUUAUAAUCGAUAAUAUUAAAAAAUAUGGGAAGUUAACGAAUAAAAUUAAGUAUAUUGGGGCGAAUUUAGCACAUUCCAUUGCAGUACAAAAUUUCUUGGAUCGUGAAAUUUCUAGUGCUUGCGUUUCAUUUGUGGAACUUAUUGGUGUUAGUUCGGAAUUAAUGCGAGUACAUUUAAAUAUUGCAAACUUGUUAUCGAAUUCAAAUUCAUUUACGGAUGUUAUUGAACUUUUUAAUAAUUUAUCACAAAAUAAGCAAAAAGUUUUGGAUUUAGAAACAAUUACAAUAAUUUUAACAUCAUGGGAAGUUGCAAUUAAAUUUGCGAAACUUCACAAUUUAAAAUAUCCCGAAUCAUUUUUAAAUCAUUGUCGUAAAGAGGAUUUAUGGUUGGAGUUUUUAAUUUAUGCACAAUAUCAUUCGUAUCCAAGUGAACAAAUUUUAAAAUUAUCACAAAAAUUUACGAAUAAAAUUAUGGCGGAGCAUUUAAGUCAUGCUAUUGCAUUUGAUUUAAAAAUCACAGCGGAAAUUUUUAAUGAACGUCGUAGAACUCUUGAAACUUUAAAAUUAUCGCCAAACGAUAGUUUAAUUCCUAAUGGGAAUUUGGUGAAGGAAACGAAAGAAAUUGUGGGGAAUAAUGGUAGUGAAAUGGGGGAGGAAGUGUAUUGUGAUUAUUAUGUGGAAAAUUUGGAUUUUAUUCAAGUAUUGUGUCGAUGUCAUAAAACAAAAAUUCCAUUAAAUGCGUUAAUUAAUGCUGCGAAAGAAUAUAAUAAUCCUAAUUUUGUUAUUUUUGCUACAUUUUAUCAGCCAGAAAAUUUGAUUUAUUGUUGGCUUAUUUGGAUUUGCAUUUCAACUGAAUCCCAAGAGUUAAUAUCACAAAUAACAAUGGAAAACAUUACGCCACAAUUAGUUGCAAGUAUUUUACAGAAAGCAGUACAAAAAGAUUUUUUGGCAACUUUAGCUGAAAGUUUUUUAAUAUUUUUGCCGGAAAAUCCGUUAUGUUCGUUAACAACAUUUUUAAAUCAAUACUCCAAUAAAAUGAUGGAGAAAACCGAAUGCGUUAAAUCGUUAAAAUUGUUUAAAACCGUUAUAAAAUUCAUGAAAUACAAUAACGACAACAAAACAAACGUAACUGAAACACCUUUAUCGUUUCUAACAAGUCGAUCAUGGCUAUCAGAAAUGGCGGUGAAAUUAGUUCUCUAUACAUUUGUUUACUGUUUAAAUUCUCAACAUAGUCAAGAAUUAUUCUUGGAAUUGUUAAUAAAUGAGAAUUUUACUGAAGAUUUACUUACAAUUGCUCCUGAUUUUUAUCAUACAAAAUUAUUGCUCAAUUUAUUAACGGAUAUUGAUAUAACGAUUAAUAUGGAGGCGAUUAUGAAAGUCAAUCAAAGUGAUUCGGAUAAAGAAAGUGAAUUGCAAAGGUGUGUGAAUAAGUUAAUUGAAAUGCAAGAUUUUGAAACUGCUUUGCAGUUAUGUAAAUUGGAAUUUUUAUCCAUUGAUAAUGUAAUGAUUGAAAAAUGGAAACAUGCAUUUAUUCAUAAUGUUAAUAAUGAUGUACAGGAAUUUUGGAAAAACUGUGAAAAUUCAUUGCGACAAUCAAAGGUUAAUGGUUUAUUAGCUGCAAAGUUCUUUAUAAAUAUGGCAGAUCAAAUUCAGGAUCCAUUACACAAAUACAUUGUUUUAACAUUAGCAUUCGAAUGGUUAAAAGAAUGGGAUUGUCACAACGUAGAAAUCCAAAAUGUGGAAUUAGAAAAAUGGUGGCUGUACAUUAAUAUCGAUAACUGGGGUGAUUAUCCAACAGAAUUUAGUGAAGAGCCAUGUUUGAAGAUCGUAUCAUCGGAAAUACGUCGUCAAUCGAAAAUUUCCACGUUAACAGUUUCACGAGCGCUAACCACGAAAAAACAACGUGAUAACUUCGAAAAUUUAAUUGCGAAACUAUUAGAUAACGGUCAUAUUGUUCAAGCUACUCGCUUAGAGCAUAUGUUUGGUUAUAAAACACAAUAUUUAGCUUUAAUCGAAACAUGUAUGAAAUUAGCUGAAAAUGAGCUUAGUGCCAAUAAUUUAGGGGCAGAGUAUCUUUCAUUAAUGGAAGGUUUUAUAAAUCGAAGUCGAAGACGUACGCUAAGUACGGCUUGUUUAUCAACUAGUGCCUCAUCAACUGAAAUGACUGUGUACGUUGGAUCUCCUGGUGCGGAUUCUAAACCAUGUUCCGAUACUCAAACAAUUUUGGAACGUCUUACACAACAAGUUGAACGUGGGAAAUGUUUAGCUGGUCGUGUUUUAUGUUGUAGUCGAAUUUCACAGGCAACAUCCCGACCUUACGCACGUAUUUUAUCAAAUUACGAUGCUCAAGCCUUACUUAAGUUAACCUUAACCGGGGAUUUUGACAAUAAACUUGAAUUAGCCAACGAUAUUAUGAUCUAUCAUAAUUGGAAUAAACAUCAAAUUUGUGAAUUUUUAUGUGGCGAAUUAAUAUCGUCAAUCAGUAAAUACGUGUUCAAGGAAUCGGUUAUUAUCGAACCGAUACAUUUAUGGGGAUAUCCACUGGAAGGAACAAUGCAUGUUGUGUUGGAACUCUGUCCAGAACCGUCGAUUUUAGGUACAUCAUUGUUAGUACAUGCAACCGCUCCAUUAUCGUCCACAAAUCGUAGUGCCUUAUGUUUAGCUGGUGAAUUAUUAAUACGUGCACAUGAUUGUUUUACAACUGAUUGUAAUAUGGAAGGAAUUUCAAAAGUCUUGUUAAAAACACGUACUUUGGUUAACCAGUUAACAAUAUUACAAGCAUGGGCAAGUAUUGUUCGUUUAUUAACCGGUUUAGGUCGAUACGCUGAAAUGGAUUACGUAUUCCAAAUUUUACAAGAGAACGAACAGUUUGAAUGGUUGCUAGGACAAGGUACAGCUCGAGCUGUGGGAUUACGUGGUGCUACUAUGGAUUAUUUACGAAGAUGUUGUCCAGGACGACGAGAAUUAUUACGACUUGUUGCACUUCGAUGGGGUUUACAUGAUUCAGCAGCUGAAUUAUGGGAAAAUGAGGCAAAAGAAUUGAUAAAUAAUGUUGUGAAUGUUGCAAAACUUGAAAUGCAAAAUUUAGGGAAAGUUCCAGGACCGUGUGGUUUAAUUGAAAUUAGCUCUUCGGAUGAAGCGACAAAAAAGGUUCUAGAAAAUGCGAAAACAUGUUUGAUUCAUGCUGUUCAACAUCAUUUACUUUCCGAUCGAUAUAAUGCCGCCCAAAAAAGUACAAAAACCGCAGAGAUGGUUGCCUUACAAUUAGGUUUAAUGGCGUCAUCGAACACCGAUCGAACGUUGUGUAUUUUGUUGUUGAGUGAAGCUCAGUACACGUACGUGAUAGCUAAUGUACUUAAUUUUUGUGAAGCGAAAAUUUUAAGUACAAUCUACGAUUAUCAAACGGAUUGGGCGCAAGUUUUAUAUAAUCAUUGUGUGAUUGAUAAUAAUUUUGAAAAAUAUUUACCACAAUUUCUUUCCAAUUAUCAAAUGACUGAUGUCUUAGCCAAAGAUGUUGUACGCCGUUAUUUAUCUGACCAAAAAUCAUCUUCCGCGAAUAAUAUUCCAUUAGGUUUGAAAGCGAUAUUGGAUGCUGUACACUCGCCAGCAACACGAUAUCGUUUAGCUAGUGAGUUAGGUUUAAAAGAUGUUUUACAAAAUUUAUUAGAUAGUGCGGUUACGCCAUAUUUAAAAGAUACUGUUUGGAAAACUGGAUGUCCAGCACCAAACACAUAAACUAUUUGUUGCAUUUUGUAUAUUUCAAAGAGAAGUCUAACAGUCUACACUUCUAUGUCUAGGGAGCCCAGCUAAAUGUCGAAAGAGAAUAAAAAAAACUUUAAAACAAAAAGUAAACCGACUUCAAGAGGAAAACUUUUCCAAAACAAAUUAA